AUGAAAGAACAUACGUCAAAAAACAAUAUUUAUGAUAGUAACAAACAAAAUAUCGAAUAUGAAAAUAUAAGUAUAGAAACAGAUCCAAAUUUAAGUGAUGUUUCAGUAUCUACUAUAAGUAACAGUACAGGUAUUGACUCAGAUUUAUAUAAUAAUGUUAUUAAAGAUAUUAAAAGAGAAAGAAGAAUAAAAAAGUAUGGCGAAACAAAUGAUAGAGAAAGAAGAUAUAGUAGUGAAUCAGAUAGGAAACACAAAAAAAAAUAUAUAUCCAAGGAUUCUAGUGAUGAAAAAAAACGAACACGAAGACGAAAAGAUAGAAGAUCUAGCUAUGAAAAUGAACGAAGAUAUAAAAAAGAUAGAAAAAAAAGAAAACGUACAUAUUCAAGAUCACGGAGUAAAGAUCGACAUCAUGAAAAUAUACCACAAGACCCUUUCAAUCCACUAUUACUAGCAUAUGAAAAAAACAAAACAAAUAUACAUUACCGAAAAAAAAAUGGAGGAAAAGAAAAUGCAAAUGGAGGAAAAGAAAAUACUAAUGGAGGAAAAGAAAAUACUAAUGAUCGAUGGGAACAUGAUAGAUAUGAAAGUACAUCAAGUGAUGAAGAGUAUAAAUUAAAACAUCAAGCAUAUGGUAAUUCUUUUCCACAUGGAAAUAUAACAGAAUUAAGGGAAAAUACGUGGAAAUCCAAAGCAGGGGGAGUUUGUUUGAUGCAAACAGAGGGAAGUAUGGACUAA